GACAGCCCCGCAGGGCCGCGCGCGACAGCGGCCGGGGGGGCCCGCAGGGCGAUGCUGCGGGCCCCGGGGCCGCCGCUGGGGCCGCCCCCCGGCCGCCUCCUCCUGCCCGACGCCGCCGCCGCCGCCGCCGCCGCGCUCCGGCUGCUGCCGCCGCUGCCCGCGAUGGAGGCGCUGCCCAAGGCGGGUCUGGGGGCUCUGGCCAAGCCCCGGCGCCCGGUGAUCGCCUGCAGCGUCUGCCAGAUCCGCUUCAACUCCGAGAGCCAGGCCGCCGCUCACUACCAGGGCAAUCGCCACGCCCGCCGCCUCAAGGGCCUCGAGGCCGCCCGCGCCCGCCGGGGGGGGGACCCCGGGGAGCCCCCGGAGCCGCCCGGGCCCGCGGCCCCCCCGGGCGGGGACCCCCCCGAGCGCCCAGGGGAGCAGCCCCCCGCCCCCGCCGCCCCCGGAGCCCCCGGGCCCCCCUCGCCCCCCGCCCCUCCCCCCGCGGGGGGGGCAGAGCCGGGGGGGCCGCGGGAGGAGGAGGAGGAGGAGGAGAGGGCGAAGGCCAAGCGGCUCCUGUACUGCGGCCUCUGCAAGGUGGCCGUGAACUCCCUGAGCCAGCUGGAGGCCCACAACAAAGGCACCAAGCACAAGACUUUGGUCGAGGCCCGCUCGGGGCUGGGGCCCAUCCGCGCCUUCCCGCGGGGA